AUGAAGCUAAUCACUUUUUACCCUUUAAGUUUCGUUUUGAUUUUGGUUCUCUUUCAAGGCUCAAAUGGCUCCGAUUUCAUUCGUGAAUCUUGCACAAAGGCCUCAAAGAAUGAUCCGAUCGUCCUCUUUGAUAUCUGCGUCAGAAGCCUUGAGGCCAUGAUCUCUCAGAGCAGUGCUCCACCAGCCAGCCUCGGAGAUCUUGUGGCCAUGUCGAUUCAGAUGACUAAGUCCAAUGCAACAAACAUAGUUUCCACCAUUUCCAAUCUUUUGAAGGGCCCCAACAAUAAUAAUAAGUUCAGUGAAUAUGCGAAGGAAUGCUUGGAAGAUUGUUCUGAACUUUACUCAGACUCUCUCUCUGAUUUGGAUGACGCCAUAAGAGCUUUCGAGUCCCAAGAUUUUAACACGGCAAGUAUAAAGGUAAGCGCAGCCAUGGAAGCUUCUGUUACCUGUGAAGAUCAAUUCCAUGAUGGGAACGAAGAGUCUCCUUUAACAGAGGAUGACAACAUGUACUUUGAACUUAAUGCAAUGUCUUUGGCUUUCAUCAAGAUGCAUCAAUAGUACCUUUGAAAUGACUCUGCAACAUCUCUCUCUGAACUUUUUUACAGUACUCUUACCAAGCCAGC